GUUACAGAUAGUUGAAUGCACAAUAAACAGUGAUAACGUCGGAGACUCACCCUCCGUCCUGGUCUCAGUCUGUUCUCCAGGAGCCGCCGCUGUUCAGCUUCACCAUCCUUCAGCUCUCCAACCAUCUGAGAAAAGUUUUUACCCUGAUCAUGGCUGUGACGACGCAACCAGGCAGAUACACAGCCUCUGACUUUCAGACCGGCUUGUUUGAUGUCUUCAACGACUGUGGAACCUGCUGCUAUGGUACUUUUUGCUACCCAUGCCUGGGCUGCAACAUUGCCAGUGACAUGAACGAGUGCUGCCUGUGUGGACUGAGCAUGUCCAUCCGCAGCGUCUACAGGACCAAAUACAACAUCAAUGGGUCCCUGUGUAAUGACUUCAUGGUGUUCAUGUGUUGUCCCAUGUGUGCAACCUGCCAACUGAAGAGAGAUAUUGACCGCAGGAAGCAGCAGGGCAUUUUCUGAACGGGAUGCUGCUAUGACACAAGAGAGGCUGUAAAUGGUGGAUCGCUGAGCUGCUGAGGCAUAAAAUGGUUCACCGUAUUUUACAUCCUUUCAUAAUGUUGGACAUAGACCAUCCUUUUGAUUUUUCUUUACUAUAUAUAAUCCUCUGAGAUAAAGAACAUUCAUAUCUUCUAGUAAGUUAUACAUUAAUCAUCCGGGUCACAAUUUGAUGUUGUAGAACAGUGUCAUUAUUUACUCUUACAAUAAAAUCUAAUUUUAU